AUGCGGUCGCAAAUACUUCGUGCUGGUCAAGCAGCCAACUGCAGGCCCCAUCUCUCCUCCCUCCGCCAACCGCUCAGAUGCCUCGCCACAUCGCACUCGCCGCCCUCCGCGCGCAACGUCGACCUCGGCUCGCGCACCCCACCGUAUGCCAAACUGCUCUCGCGGCUCGAAGAAGUCCGGCGCGUACUCGGUUCCUCUCGCCAAUUGACUUUGGCAGAGAAGAUACUGUAUUCGCAUCUUGAGAGCCCUGAGGAGUCGCUGUUGAGCAAUACGAAUGGAGGAAGGGAUAUUCGGGGUCAGGCGAAUCUCAAGUUGAAGCCGGAUCGCGUGGCGAUGCAGGAUGCGAGUGCGCAGAUGGCGCUGCUGCAGUUUAUGAGCUGUGGGUUGCCGAGUACGGCUGUGCCUGCUAGUAUUCACUGCGCCGACACCGACCUUCCACAAUCGAUAGCGGGUAACAAGGAGGUUUUCGAUUUCCUCGAGUCGGCGGCGAAGAAGUACGGAAUUGAGUUCUGGCCACCCGGCGCUGGCAUCAUCCAUCAGUCUGUCCUGGAAAACUACAGUGCUCCUGGGCUCAUGAUCUUGGGCACGGACAGUCACUCACCGAAUGCUGGAGGUCUGGGAUCGAUUACAAUUGGUGUGGGUGGUGCGGACGCGGUAGACGCUCUCGUGGAUGCGCCGUGGGAGCUGAAGGCACCCAAGAUUUUGGGCGUGAAGCUCACCGGAGAACUCAGCGGAUGGGCCUCGCCAAAGGAUGUGAUCCUGAAAUUGGCUGGCGAGCUGACCGUCCGGGGUGGCACUGGCUUCAUCAUUGAGUACUUUGGCCCUGGUGUGCAAUCUCUAAGCUGCACAGGCAUGGCGACUAUCUGCAACAUGGGCGCUGAAGUCGGCGCAACUACCUCGCUCUUCCCCUUCUCUCCUGCGCACAUCCCCUACCUCCAAGCCACACAUCGCGGACCGAUCGCUGAAGCCGCUGCCAAGAUCGCCGGUUCACCAAUGCAGCAAAACCUACUUCGACCUGACCCAGAAGCCGCCUAUGAUAAAGUCAUCGAGAUCAACCUUUCGGAACUCGAGCCUCACAUCAACGGACCAUUCACCCCUGACCUGUCAACACCUCUAUCCAAGUUUAAGUCUGUAGUUGAAGAGAAGGGAUGGCCACAAACAUUCGGUGCGGGCCUAAUUGGUAGCUGCACAAACAGCUCAUACCAGGACAUGACUCGGUCAGAAGAGAUUGUGAAGCAGGCACUAGCAGCGGGUCUCAAGCCCAAGGCGGACUUCUUCAUUACCCCAGGAAGUGAACAGAUCCGAGCAACGUUAGAACGGGAUGAAACUCUUCAAACGUUUACUGCUGCUGGUGGCACUCGUACCGACGACGUAAAGAAGGGUGAAUCCAACGCUAUCCUCACGUCCUACAACCGCAACUUCCCCGGCCGCAACGAUGGUAACCGAGCUACCAUGAACUUCCUCGCUUCUCCCGAACUCAUCACCGCCAUGUCAUACUCUGGCUCUACCACCUUCAACCCAAUGACCGACAGCAUCCCGACACCUGACGGCAAGCCUUUCAAGUUUGCGCCGCCAAAGGGCUCUGAUCUCCCCACCGCUGGUUUCGCAGACGGUAACCCAGACUUCAUGCCUACGCCAGGUGUCCCCGACGCCAGCGUGGAUGUCAUUGUCUCGCCUACAUCCACCCGACUGGCACUCCUUGAUCCUUUCCCAGCAUUCCCUGGCUCGGAGUUUACAGGCCUGCGAGUACUCUACAAGGUCAAGGGACAAUGCACAACAGACACCAUCUCGGCUGCCGGUCCAUGGCUCAAGUACAAGGGCCAUCUCCCCAACAUCUCUGAGAACACACUCAUCGGUGCAGUCAACGCACAAACCGAUGAAGUCAACGUUGCCUACGACUUCGACGGUAAGACGUCCGGUAUCCCAGAACUAGCAAAGAGGUGGCGCGACCAGGGCAUCGAGUGGCUAGUCGUAGCAGAGCACAACUACGGCGAGGGCUCUGCCCGUGAACACGCCGCCCUGCAACCCCGAUACCUCGGUGGCCGCAUCAUCCUAGCCAAGUCAUUCGCCCGUAUCCACGAGACCAACCUCAAGAAGCAAGGUAUCGUCCCACUCACCUUCGCCAACGAAGCCGAUUACGACGCCUUCGAAGCAUGCGACCAGGUCGCUACACGGGGACUGCUGGACGUGCUGAAGAGCGGCGGCAAGGGCGAAGUCGAGCUUGUCCUCAAGAAGAAGGACGGUAGCGAGAAGGUCGUCAAGACCAAGCACACACUCUCGCACGAUCAAUGUGGAUUUGUGAUGGCUGGCAGUGCGCUCAACCUUCUAGCUGCGAAAGGCAGGGAGAUGAAGGAGGAGGUUACCCGGAGUGCGGAGCUGACUGAUUGA